GAGACCGUUAUAAUAUAUUAGCGGAGUCGCCAUGUCUCUGCCCCGUCGAGCUUUCUAGGGUUAAGUGUGCUUAGGGCCAAUCAAUCCUUUCAGUUUUGGGUACCUCUUGAAGUAGUAAGUUCCGAUCUGUGUCUGGUUAUUUUUUGGUUCUUCGAUCUUCCUGGCUUUCCCCUUUAUCACUUACAGAGUUGUCUAGAUUCGUGAAAGUUCUGGGCUUUUGCGCCCUGUAGACGCUGAAAUCCAUGGUCAUCUGCAUCCCAUGGAUCCAUCUUCCGUUCAGUCCACUCCUUCAGUCGAAGAAGAUGAGUGGGACACUGAAGGGUUUGUGAUACCAAGCUUGGUAGGAGACUCGAGUAAGCCUGAUGUUCCACAAGUGAAUGACUUGAAACCUUCUCCCAAGAUCGGGCAGGUCAAAAAGGAAGAGGAAAAGAUCUACUUGGGACCACACGGUGCUCCUCCUUCACAAGCAAAGCAGCAAGAGCUGAACGCAAGUGGGCGGAAGCAGCGAUUUAAGCAGAAGUUAAAGGAAGCAGACAGGAAGCACACAGGAUCAGGGCGGGAAAAUAAGGUAGAUAGCUUGCGAGAACUUGUUGGUGGGGGCAAAGUAAAUGUUACCAGGUCAAAAGGUUCCUCAAGGGAUUGGCUCGACCCACAGUGCCAUGAAUCUCAAGUUUGAGAGGUCCGAGUAGAUCGCAUCUUCAUCAAUAAGUGGAAUCUGUUGUACUAGCUUGAGAUUAAAGUCUUCAUUUUCUGGCAUCAGUACUAUAAAUAAAGCUCUUUGUGCGUGUGUGCAGAAGAUUUAUUUGGAGAUUAUGUAUACAGCUGAUGUUGGAAUUGCCAAUCUAUUCAGAAAACUAGGUAUUGAUUGCA